GAAUUAAUGAUAGUUGUCUUAUUUAUUUCAACAGCAUUAGCUAUAUAGAUGAAUGAACAAAUUACACUUACAACAGAAUCAUAAACAGCUGUAAAAGAAUUUCUUCAAUCUGGUCCAUUAGGAAAGAUGAUGUUUGAAUUUGCUUAAUUAGAGAUGCACGUAAUAAGCAUUAUCAAAAAUUAGAGGCUUCUGGUGCUGUAGAUAUCUUGAUUGAAGUUCUUAAAGCUUUUGGUCGUCAAUAAGAAGAUAGAUUAAAUGAAGAAAACACCAUUGUAAUUAUUAUUAUUUAAUUUAGUGGUAAAAUAGACUUGGUGAUCAUAAUGCACGUAGAAUUCAAUAUGAAUCACUCGUAACUGAAGGUGGAUUAGCUAUUAAUAGAGAUAGAAAAAAAUUAACAUAAGAAUAUGAACCUAGAAAAGAGGAACUUAAUGAUAUUUUAAUAACUUUGAAAACCAAUAUGGGUAAAAAUGAAGUUGCUAAAAAGAAUGCUGAAGCAUUAAGAGCCGAAUAAAAUUCAUAAUUCUAAUAAUAAGCUAAUGAAAUUACUGAAGCUAUUAAAGCUACUGAUGAUACUUUAGAAUAUAUUAAAAGAUGCAGUUAAAAUUCAUUUAUUGAAGUUGAAUAAAUUAAUGAUCAUCUUCUAUUCCUUUAAAAGAAAUCAUCCAAAUCUACAGAUUAUGUUGGAUCUAUUAUUUAAGCAUUAAUGUAAAUUACUGAAAAAUAAAACUUUGCUGAUAGAGAAGUUUAAAAACAAUUAGUUGAUCUAUUGUAAUCACUAAGAGGAUAUUUUGUUGAAACUUUAUAGGCAGCUUAUAAUGAUGAAGAUUAAUAAAAAUUAUUACAUUCAAAUAGAAUGACUCAAUUAGAAAAUGAAAAAUAAGUAUUUGAAAAAUAAUACAGUGAUGCCUAUGCAGAAAGAGAAUAAAGAUCAUGUAAUUAUUAUAAUUUCAUUUUAGUAUAAAUUGAAGACACAAAUAGAUUAUUAGACACAAGGGCUAAAGAAUUACAAGGUUAUUAAGAUCGUUUAACUACUGAAAACAAUAAUUUUUCAUAAAAUCAAAAAAUUCAUGAUGAUUUAGUUGCUGCUAUCAGUGGAGAAAUUGGUUUUAUUGAAAAAGCUUUAGAUGUUUUAAUGACUUAAGCUUUUUCUGAUGAACUAUAAUCAGCUAUUAAUAAAGCUAAAUGA